UCGCCCUACAACGGGCGGAUAUCAACGGGCGAGGUUAUGUAUUUUUGAAAGGAACAGCUUUCUUUGAUUUUAGGGUUCGUCUCGUUUGCCGCUGUUGCUAUCACCGACGAUCUCCACCCUCUCAGCCUGCCGGUGGCGAAUCGAUUCCUGGAUUGUAUAAUCUCUGCCUUGCUCGAUUGGAUUACCAGUAGAAAUAUCACACUAUUUGAGUUGCUAUUGAGGACAGAAGCCUCUAAUUCAGUAGAUUUUCAUCUGAGACCUUGGCAUUCCGAGGUCUACGGUUGCUUCCAGUAUCUAUGCGUGAGAUUUUUGCAUACGUUGGUCGGGGAAUUUUGGUUUAUCUAUUCUGUUUGUGGUAGCGUGCGGUCUUUUUGUUGCCGUUAGGGCUUGCGGGGUUUUUGCUGAUUCAAAUUGCUGGCGGUGGGAGUGGAUCAGUUUUUAGUCAUGAAUUAUCUGAAGACAGAAGAAAGCUGUGUGGAGAACAAGCAAUCCGUAACUGCAUCUUGCUCGUCGAUUUCGGAGGGGAGCUCUGGAUUCUCCACCUUCUCGCCUACUUGCAGUCCCGUGACUUCUUCUCCGAAUCAUAGGAGAACAAGUGGUCCAAUCAGGCGAGCAAAAGGAGGUUGGACACCAAAUGAAGAUGAGACUCUUCGGCAUGCUGUUGAAUUACACAAAGGAAGGAAUUGGAAGAAAAUAGCUGAAUCUGUUCCGGGUAGGACUGAAGUGCAAUGCCUGCAUCGUUGGCAAAAGGUUCUUAAUCCUAAACUUAUCAAAGGACCGUGGACUCCAGAGGAAGAUAAUGUCAUCAUUGAACUUGUUGCGAAGUAUGGGCCAACAAAAUGGUCUGUAAUUGCAGGAUCUCUUCCUGGGAGAAUUGGAAAACAAUGCCGAGAGAGGUGGCAUAAUCAUUUAAAUCCAGAAAUCAGGAAAGAUGCUUGGACUUCUGAGGAGGAGCUUGAACUCAUGAAAGCUCACCUUCAAUAUGGGAAUAAGUGGGCUGAAAUUGCAAAGGUGUUACCUGGAAGGUCUGACAACUCAAUUAAGAAUCACUGGAACAGUUCCUUAAGAAAAAGGUCAGAAGUCUACGUGAAAACCGGUAAAUUUCCACAUAUUCAGAAGUCUGUUAUUCGGAAUGCUGCCAAAGACGGGACAAACUCUGGUGAUACUCAAUUAUUUUUCUGCUCUAGUAAAGAGUUGCACACAAGUGGUAACACUGUGCUAGGAAGUUGUUUAACUGUUCCUCGUAGUCUACCAACAGAGACUCCUAAAGCAGUAAGCCAAAAGGAUGAGGUGUUGACCCUAUCAGCACAAGUUUCAGAAUUAAAUGCCACGCUGGAUAUAGCAGUAAGACUAUCUGAUAGUUCUGAAAUCAAUCUUGUACAGAAUAGAUCUGAAUCAGUUGUAAAUUUAGAUGCCUACAGCUUCAAUGGAGAAGUUCACCGGAAUGAAGAACCCUUUGAAACAAAACUGUUACCAGACUCUGAUAACGUUGGUUUUCUCUGCUACAAACCACCUGAGUUAGAAGAUCUUGGUGCUGCUGCCUUUUCUCCUAUCUUAUUUGGACAUAGAUCAAUGCAACCAACAUCAGAUCAUCAGAUGAUUUCGUCGCCGAUUAGUUAUUCAACCCCUUCUUCUGCGAAUGUUCCGAGAUCUGAACAGCCAAGUGUUGAAUCCAUUUUAAAAGGUGCAGCUAGAAGUUUUCCGAACACACCAUCCAUAAUAAAAAGGAGAAAAGAAGUGCACAUAUCUCUUCCUCCUGAAACCAUGCAUACAAAUGAAAUUAAAAUACAGGAUGAUUGCACUCCAAAAGAAGGAUCAAUCAGUAAACAGUCAAAAUUGUUUACUAGCCCUGUUAAUAUUUCCGGAGGUUCAUUAGAUUAUGGAAAGAAUUUAAAUUUUUCGCCAGUAUAUCAGUUACGGUCGAAGAGAAAGGCAACUUUCAAAUCACUUGAGAAACAGCUUGAUUUUACCAUGGAAGAUGCAGACUUGGAGAGUAAUACCAAAAGUUCAAGCUUAGCAGCUAACAAGAACUCUUGUAGUCCUACAAAUAUGCAGUUUUUGAGCGUGUAGGCAAAGAAGCAGAUGGAUGAGUCUGCUGAGUAUGAGGAACAAUAUUUCUCGUGUAAAGUUGGGUGUGAUCUAAUGCAGAAAUUUUUGAAUAAAGUUGAUCCACAAUUAAUCAUGGAGGCAAAAAAAGGGCUGUAACUUACCCCAAAUAAGGUUUGAAAAUAAAUUUUCUUAUGCUCUAUCCCUUCCUUACAAAAUGUUUUCUUUGAUUUUUCGUACUCGUGAAUCCAACUCCAAAUCACAAUAUUAUGAAAACUCACCUUCAAGCCUUUUCUACUUUGACACUUUUCACUAAUGAUUUUUGUACCUUCAAAUGUAUAUUUCAUUGAGCAAUAAAGAACAAAUUGGAUGGCAGAAUUCUGCCCUUCUGUAUUUUUUGUGCAUAUUAUGUCUUUUGCUUACUGAAACUAUAAUCAGAAAGGCUUUUGUCCAUUUGUCCUCCAUAGCAAAGUACCUGUAGAGAAUAGA